AUGAGCCCACCCAACACCAACAGCAUUGAUUCUACCCACGGCAUCACGGCAACACCGAGCGGCCCUGUCAUUAGCUUGAAUGCUUUGAAUUUGUACUAUAUCAACCCCAAAAUUUGUAUGGAUGCAGAGGUCGUGGUGUACCAAAACUCAAUGGUGGAUGACAUCCACAUGCAGGCCCACGAGAAGAUACAAGAACACCUCACCGACAUGUGCAAAAAAGCCCAACUCGAUGCGGAGUGCCACAUGCUCUUGGGACUGGAAUCUAUUGUUUUAUUCUCAAACUGGCUAGGAUAUACAAGUUUUGAACGUCAGGACCUCAAGGCCCCCCCUGUGAUGGCUGCCACUCUGGUGGCCAAAGGAGACCAUGUGUGUGCCAUCGUGCCUUCAUGGGGCAAACUGGACAAAACGCUGCCAUUGGUUGCUGCCUUUGUUCCUGAUGCCCUCAGGAGCCAAUUCCUCCUACAUCUAAUUGACAGACAGUACACCCUCAAGGACGACAUAGUGAAGGGCAAGACUGAAAUUCACAAAUGUUCCAACAUUAUAAAGAAAGAGCGAGAAAAAAAUAGGGAGCUUAGGACCGCCCUAGAGGUGGAGCAGAAGGCGACAGAGAUGAAGGUGAAAGAGGCCGUGUGCACAAUGGAAAAGGGCAUGAGAAAAAUAGAGGGUAUAGCGGACGAGUUGAGACAGGCCUUGAAGGAAGAGAGGAAGAGGAGCAAGAGUACGCUGGAGGAGAGGGAGAGGAACAAGAGGGUGCUGGAGGAAGAGCGGAGCGAGAGGGAGAGGGCCUUGAGGGAGGAGCGAGAGGGUCUUGAGGGAGGAGUGGAGUGA